UCCUCCUCCUCCUCCUCCUCCGUCAGUCGAGUUCGGGCUCUCCGCCGCACUGUCGGUAUCAGCGCAGGAGAAAAUACAGCUGGACCGGUCAACCAUCUGGUCGUCUGCGAAUAAAUGCAAGGACCUCAACAAUGAGUCGACUUUCUUAUGGUGUUUGAAGAGUGGAUGCUUCUGUGAACGCCUGGCUGCUUCUCAUCCACCUUUGGGACUUAUGGAGGCCUCUCCAACCUCAGACAACAUCAGCAACACCUCAGCUGUGUUGGGCCAGAGAACAUGGGUGGAUUCCAACGUGUGCCCUCCCUCUGUGAGUGGCACAACUCUUCUGAUCGUGGCCUACAGCACUGUUAUAGCGGUGGGCUUGGUGGGCAACACUUGUCUGGUCUUCAUCAUAUCCAGACAAAAAGAGAUGAGAAACGUCACCAACAUCCUCAUCGCCAACCUCUCCUGCUCCGACAUCCUCAUGUGCGUGGUGUGCCUCCCCGUGACGGUCAUCUACACGCUCAUGGACCGCUGGAUCUUGGGUGAGACGCUGUGCAAGGUCACGCCGUUUGUGCAGUGCAUGUCCGUCACAGUCUCCAUCUUCUCGUUGGUCCUCAUCGCGUUGGAGCGGCAUCAACUCAUCAUCCACCCCACCGGCUGGACGCCCGCCGCAGGCCAUUCGUACCUGGCCGUAGCCGUCACCUGGAUGGUGGCCUGCUUCAUUUCCCUACCCUUCCUGUCCUUUAAUAUCCUAACUAACGUCCCGUUCCAGAACCUCAGCCUGCCGUUCAACCCAUUCAGCGACCACGUCAUUUGCAUGGAGCUUUGGCCGUCUGAACGCAACCGUUUGGCGUACACCACCUCGCUUCUGCUUUUCCAGUACUGCCUGCCCCUGCUUCUCAUUUUAGUCUGUUACUUGCGCAUAUUCCUGCGUCUGCGCAGACGCAAGGAGAUGGUGGAGCAGGCCACCGAGGCCCGGCAGAGAAAAGCACGGGGUGCUCAACGCAUCAAUGCCAUGUUGGUCUUAAUCGUAGUUGCUUUUGCUCUCUGCUGGCUCCCGCUCAAUGUUUUCAACACCAUCUUUGACUGGUACCACCAGGUGCUUCCUUCUUGCCAGCAUGACGUCAUCUUCUCCGCCUGCCACCUGAUGGCCAUGGCGUCUACCUGCGUGAACCCGGUGGUGUACGGCUUCCUCAACACCAACUUCCAGAAGGAGCUGAAGGCGACGCUCCAGCGCUGCCAUUGCGGCUGGGGCGUUCCGGAGACCUACGAGAGCUUCCCGCUUUCAACGGUGGCCACUGAUGUCACCAAGGUUUCGUCCAUGCAGCAGGGCUCUCUGGGCAGAUCGGAACAGUGCGCUCACUGCUAAAGAGACUGCAGGAACGGAGAAGAGAACAAGGGGAGGGGUUGAGGAUGAGCUGGCACUGUUUCCAUGGAGAUGUGGAAUUGCUAUGUGGGUUUCUGCAUCAGUUCAGUUCCCAAGAGAUCUAAAAACAACCUCUACCAACUGUUGCCGUGUUUUCCGGGGUCCAGGUCUGCGUGUUCCACUACGAGGAACACAACGUGAUGUUAUGUUAAAGACAGCUAGGGUAGUCAGGGCGUCAUUCCUUUCCCCAAGUACGACUUGUACGGGAUAAAUGUUCCAUCAAGAAUGUGAUUAUUCCUCUGAUGAUGCUUUCAAGCUGUUGUGUUAUGAGGAAGGACUAAUUUAUGAGACUGGAUUGUUUGAGCGCUCAUUGCAC